GAAUUUGAAAAGGCGGCCCUGGAGAGGCGUGGGCGCCCCCCCAAGACGACUUCCACCUCGGACCCUGACUUCACGCCAUCACCAGCUGGCUCCCUGCGCUCCAGCUUGGGGCAACAGGGUCAGUCCAGCCGUCUGGGGCACUCCUAAUCGUCCUGCGGCUCCCGGGACCCUAGGUACCCGCGGGAGAGCCGUGCAAAAUGAAGCUAGUUUUGCUCUUACCAUGGGCGUGCUGCUGCUUGUGCGGGUCGGCGCUGGCCACCGGCUUCCUCUACCCCUUCCCGGCAGCAGCCCUGCAGCAGCACGGCUACCCAGAGCAGGGCGCGGGCUCCCCCGGCAACGGCUACUCGAGUCGCCGGCACUGGUGCCAUCACACGGUGACAAGGACAGUGUCCUGCCAGGUGCAGAACGGCUCCGAGACGGUGGUCCAGCGAGUCUACCAGAGCUGCCGGUGGCCUGGGCCCUGUGCCAACCUCGUGAGGACUCUCAUUAGACCGACCUACCGAGUUUCCUACCGCACGGUGACUGCGCUGGAGUGGAGGUGUUGCCCUGGAUUUACCGGAAGCAACUGUGAGGAGGAAUGUAUGAACUGUACCCGGCUUAGCGACAUGAGUGAGCGUCUGACCACGCUGGAGGCCAAGGUCCUCCUGCUGGAAGCAGCUGAGCAGCCUUCAAGUCCAGACAAUGACCUGCCACCCCCACAGAGCACCCCGCCCACCUGGAACGAGGACUUCCUGCCAGACGCAAUUCCGAUUGCACAUCCAGGGCCCCGGAGGAGAAGACCCACAGGUCCAGCUGGUCCUCCAGGACAGAUGGGACCACCUGGGCCAGCAGGGCCUCCAGGUUCUAAAGGUGACCGGGGCCAGACAGGAGAGAAGGGCCCAGUGGGACCUCCAGGUCUCUUGGGGCCACCAGGGCCACGUGGGCUUCCUGGAGAGAUGGGGCGCCCUGGUCCACCAGGCCCUCCUGGCCCAGCUGGCAGUCCUGGCCUCUUACCAAACAGUCCCCAAGGUGUCCUCUAUUCCCUGCAGACACCUACAGACAAGGAGAAUGGAGACUCCCAGCUGAACCCUGCUGUUGUGGACACAGUGCUGACUGGCAUCCCAGGUCCCCGGGGUCCCCCAGGCCCCCCUGGUCCCCCAGGACCACAUGGUCCCCCAGGACCACCAGGAGCACCUGGAUCCCAGGGCCUGGUGGAUGAGCAGGUUGUGGCAAGGCCAGCUGGUGAGCCCCGUGUGAAGGAAGAAGAGGACAAAGCCACCACGGCAGAGGGAGAAGGUGUGCAGCAGCUUCGUGAGGCCCUGAAGAUCCUGGCAGAGAGGGUCCUUAUCCUGGAACACAUGAUUGGAGUCCAUGAUCCCCUGGCCUCCCCUGAGGGGGGGUCUGGACAGGAUGCUGCCCUGAGAGCCAACCUCAAGAUGAAGCGAGGAGGCCCUCGACCUGAUGGCAUCCUGGCUGCCCUGCUGGGCCCUGACCCUGCACAAAAGAGUGCAGACCAGGCUGGCGACAAGAAGUAA